UCACGUUCGCAUUCAUCCAGUGGUUGGUGUGGGAUCCGGUCGCGUCCUUCUCCCGCAGCAGCAGCAGCAGCAGCAGCUCGUCAUGGAAACCCGUCUUCCUCGUUCAGUGAUGUGAUGUGCGCUCGCCGUUUGUCAUCAUCAUUAUCGGCGCUGGCGGACGGAGCGGACACACAGGAGCGGAUUCUCUCCUCAGCUUCUCUAGAGGAUGUACCGUGUUACCGGAGGGAGACGGCGGAGAGUCUUUCCGGGGGCCCUUCCGUGAGACACGAACGAGGACGGAGCGGAUAGACGCGGAUUUUGGACUCGAUCUGUGCGAAUGACACAAAGCGCUGGGAGGAUUUCGCUGUAUUUGUGGAGCGCUCCAGAACGUCCGACCCGUCUCGCGUGAUGCUGAGCAUGUAAAGAUCCGGACUGAGGGGUCGCCCUCCAGGGCCGUCGUCUCUCUUCAUCUGGGAUCAUGUUCUAGAGCCGACCCUGCGCAGCAACCAUGAAAGGCUUAGGGGCCAACCGUAGUCACCAUCUGUCCGACACCUGCGACCCUACUGCGGGCCCCCAGGAGCCCCUGUGUCCCUUGGCCCCGGACCCCCAUGCUGCCUUCCUCCUGAGCCCCACCGUCAACCAUUACGCCACUCUGGAUCCUCACCUCCAUCAUUUUCCUGUUUCCACCCCAACGAUGCUGCAGUCGGACUGCCUGCUGCCCCUCAACAACCAGCUGACCAACAGCAGCACCUUCCCACGCCUCCACUACACCAACCAGCCGGAGCAGAGCGACUACACACAGCAGGCUUGUGUGGUUCAGACCGGUAGUCGCUCCGGGACCCUCACGUCCUCCAUGUCCAUGGGCAUGGGUUUGGGUCUGGGACUGGGUGCUCCAGCCAUGAUCAGCAGCGGCACAGCCACCAUCUCAUCCGCGGCCGCCGCCAAGAUGAACCGGCUCCCAGCCAACCUGCUGGACCAGCUGGAGCGCCACCUACCGCUGCAGCGGGACGGCUUCAGCACGCUGCAGUUCCACCGGCGCAGCCGCGGCUCCAAGCAGCGCAGCGAGAGUCCCAGCCGCAUCCGCAACCUGGUGCAGUCCGUCCAGAAACUCUUUGCCAAGUCCCAAUCCCUGGAGGUUUCGGCGGUCAAAGGGAGCAUCACCGCGGGCCAAGCCGGCGAUGCGGCCAAAGCGACCCGGCGAAGCAAAAGCAAAGACCACGCCAAGCCCGACGGCACCAAACGCCGUCCGCGACCCAAUCUCUCAGGCUUCUGGAGCUCGGAUGACGGUUUGGAGGACGAGCCGCCAGCUCAACCCGCCACAGGCCCAUUAGCGGUGGCGUAUCGAAACCCUCUUAGCAUGAUGACGCUGGGCAGGGCCGUGUCGGACAGUCAGGCGGCUCCCAGACCGCAUCCGCAGGGCUACAACACCAUCGCGGCGCAUUCGCUCAAAUCCUCCAAGAGCAGCGGCGACCUCAAGCCCACGGUCAGCCUGCCGCCCUCCACGGGCCAGACGGGGGAACACAUGCUUGUGAAGAGAGGCUCGUGGUCCACGCUGACCCUCAGUCAGGCCCGACAGGUGCUUCAGAAGAGCUCCACCACCGUCAACCGGACCCUGCUCAAGUCCAAGUCCUGCCACGGCCAGGAGAUGACCUGCAACUUCCUACAGACUUUGAUGUUGAAUGGUCAUGUAACGGCCCUUCCUAUCAGGCCAAGCCCCUGUCCCUUCAUGCGGGAGCAGUUUGGAGUGGUGUGGUCUCCUCUGCAGAGCGCCGCCUCAGUGCCGCACCUGCACAGGCUUGUCACUGUGGAGAUGGCGACCGUUUCCUGCACUCAUUCUCUGGUGUUUGUGUGUGUUUCUCUCAGCCGUAUGCCAUCUCUAUGCGAGGUCUCCACCAAUCGCAGCCUGGAUAACUUGGACUGUCUGAUGGGAGCGGAUGAAGCAGGUCUGCUGCAUUGGGACGCUGAUGGGGGAUUCGGUCAGCGCUGCUCUACACUGGGACGAGGGUCCACCAUGGGCCAGGUGAAGCAGGGCUACCGGAGCAGCGCGGCUUAUAGCCAGCUGGACUCUCAGGCGGUGGAGGCCUUGGAUCUGCCCACACCCACCUGCUUCCGCUCCCGGAGCCACAGUUACCUGCGCGCCAUCCAGGCCGGAUGCUCUCAAGACGACGAUACGGGCUCCGUGGACUCCGACGAGACACCACCUAUAUCCUCAUCUAUCAGCAGCUAUAACAGUGCCACCGUCUCCACGUGUACGGCGGUCUGUAAGAAGAAUCCUCCGCCUAUUCCUCCUCGCACCACCUCCAAACCCUACAUCUCGGUGACGGUCCAGAGCAGCACUGAAUCGGCCCAGGACACGUACCUGGACAGCCAGGACCAGCGCAGCGAGGUCAACAGCCAAUCAGGACGCAGCAACUCCUCCGACAGCAUCGCCAGCUCUCGGACAGGAAGUCUGGUCAAGGCCAAGCGGCCGCCCAUCCUGCCCCCCAUCCCCGCCCCGCGGGAACCCGUGCCCCUGCCCAGCGCGAGAGUGACCACGCCUCCUCCCGCCGUCGUUCCGCCCUCUCCCGCCCCGUACGCUAAAAACGAGCCCGCGAGCCUGACUGUAGCAUCUGGCGAACCGCAAGCCCUGCCCAAGAGAAAACUCUCGUCCAUUGGCAUUCAGGUGGAUUGUGUGCAGCCGAUUCUGAAAGAGGAAAAAACUCCCACCACCAGGUUCCAGUCCAUCGGGGUUCAGGUUGAAGACGGCAGGCCACUCAGUCGCUACACUAGCAUGGCGUCUAGACAGGAGACGACAGAGGCCGAAUCCCAGGAGCAGUCCGACGGUAAACCUUUGGAGAACAAGACGCCCAACCAGUCUCUGGACGGUGUCAGCGUUCACAAACCCCCCCGCGCGGAUGUGAUGCGCGCCACUUCCGCCUCGCUGCAGGAGAAGCUGGAUCCGGCGCUGGACCCCUCCUGCCUCCCGCCACCCGACCCGUCUCUGCAGGCUGGGAGCGGCAGCGUGAACGGGGCCGUGGAGCAGCCUGGGGGCCCGGCGUGCCUCAGGGACGGACGCUGGUUCCAGAAACUUCUGCAGGCCGAGACGGACCGCAUGGAGGCCUGGUGUCAGCAGAUGGACCAGGAGACCAAAGACAAACAGCUGUCAGAGGACGUGUUGGGGAAGGUCCGCAGUGCCGUCGGCAGCGCUCAGCUCUUAAUGUCUAAGAAGUUCCAGCAGUUUCAGGGUCUCUGUCAGCAGAACCUGGAUGCGAGCGCUCAGCCGCGGCCCACAGCGCAGGAUCUGGCCGGGUUCUGGGAUCUGCUGCAGCUCUCCAUCGAGGACAUCAGCAUGAAGUUUGACGAGCUCCACCUCCUCAGGUCCAACGACUGGAAGAUGUCUGAGACACAGGACAAAAAGGAGGAGAAGAAGUCCGCUCACACACCAAAGAAGACAGUAAAGGUCAAAACCUCCGGAGGGAAGGAGAAAAGCAGCGACUCGGUGGCCGACAAGCAGCGGCAGGAGGCCAGAAAGCGGCUGAUGGCGGCCAAGCGAGCGGUUUCUGAACGACAGAACUCUGCCACCGAGAGCGCCGAAAGCAUUGAGAUCUACGUCCCCGAGGCUCAGACGCGACUCUAAUAAACCACAAAAUAACAAACUCCUCACGAGCAGACGCUCUUUAGCGCUCACGGACUCGUGCAGUGUCGUGUGGCGAACCGCCGAAAACAACGAGCAAAAAAAUACAAAAUAGAAAGAACAAAAAACUGAAUUUGAACGCUAGCGUGUCACCGCUGCCACAGAAGAACCUCCCCUUGACAUUAAUUUCUAUGGCUACUCUUGUAAUAAUUAUAAAAGUUAAUUAUCUCAUGGAAAUAUAUCAAGACUUCGUCUGAAAAUUGUGCUAAUAUCUCUGAUGAAAAGACCUUCGUUCAGAUCUCAGACCCUUUACACGCGUCACAUGACCCGCUUCACACGUCACAUGACCCACGGACGCCCCUCCCACAGCAUGCACUCAGGAUCCCGCACAUGUGCACUUGUCUUUCAUCAGCGCAGUCUUCCUGUUCUCACAAACCUUUCGAUUUCCUUUUCCCACCAGUUUUUGGAGCACGAUUGCGUGACUCUCUCACUUGAAUGGAAAUGUUUCGACGGUACUACGGAUACUUGAAGCGAAUCGCCGUAGGAUGUGGUAGAAUAGCACAGCGGAAGCGGAUUUUAGCACUCCACUAGUUUUGUUUGAUUCACUCCAGUAAAGUUUAACGCAGAAACACUCAUGCAGCUUGUUUUAUUUGUCUCGUAAAUGUGCACUGAGCACGUCAAGCCAUCCAUCUGUCAGUUUCUCGUUAUUUAAUAGGGUUAAAACAUGACCACUCGGCUUUGUUUUUAUGAUGAAUGUUUUAAAAACUCAAUGACAAUGUCCAGAUUUUUACUUGGGCCAACCAUCUGCUUGUUUUGUAAUAUUAUUAUAUUUUCAAGCUUUCAGUUGUGUUUUUGUUGUCCAGUCAUUCCAUGUGUUUCCGGAUGAUUUGGGAUCGGUUCCAGCCGUGUGUCUGUGUGUGUGUGUGACCAAUCAGAGCCCGUCAUUUGUGAUCGAAGAUGUUUUGAAUGAUUAUUUUCUGUCCGAUAUUAAAAAUGUCCGUUACCCAGAACUUGCUGAUUUGGAAAAGUUGUUUCAGAUUUCCACACAAGGAGCCCAGAGGUGUCGAUAUUUACACUAAUGGUUUACUUCUAGUUAGCUGUGCAUAUUAAAAAGAUUUGAACACA